CUCUGGUCGACCCUGCGAAUGGUUUUGGCGGUGGCUUCAUGUAGGACCUACUCCCCAACCCUGCCCGCUGCGGUGAAUUCCACCUACGGUGCUUUAACUUGUGCAACAGAGAUUCUUGCCCCAGGGAGAGGCGGGGAAGGGCGCGCUAAUCAGAGGGCGGGGUCCAGGGUUGGGAUCUGGUCCGGAGCCCCCUGCCCACCUCGAGAUGGUGGCGAUCUAGGGAGAGUGAACUUGCCUUUCGAGAUACUGCUGUAAGGGGAGAGAUACGCGUUGAGCCUAUAAAGCUGUGCAGGUGGCACAGCCGAGAAGAGAGAAUUGGGGAAGCGAGGAAGGUUCCAUGAGAUGACUUGAACCGCGGAAACGUUUGGCAGAGGAAAGGGGCUUCAGUUUUAAUGUGAGAUCACUGGAAGUUGAGGCUGGGCUUCAUCACCAGGCCUCCUCGCCAACUCCUGUCCCUUUUGUGUACCGGAAACAGAUUGCCUCGAAUCUCGGUACUUUGUACUCAGCCCAGGCCCAGAGCUAUGGAGGUGUCCUCCUCAACUUCCUGGGAGCUGCCCCUGGUGGCUGUGUGCCAGGUAACAUCAACACCAAACAAGCAAGAGAACUUUAAAACAUGUGCUGAGCUGGUUCUAGAGGCGGCCAGACUGGGUGCUUGCCUGGCUUUUCUGCCUGAGGCAUUUGACUUCAUUGCACGAAAUCCUGCCGAGACAUUACAGCUGUCUGAACCACUGGAUGGGGACCUUCUGGGACGAUAUAGCCAGCUUGCCAGGGAAUGUGGAAUCUGGCUGUCCUUGGGUGGUUUCCAUGAGCGUGGCCAAGACUGGGAGCAGACUCAGAAAAUCUACAAUUGUCAUGUGCUUCUGAACAACAAGGGACUAGUAGUGGCCACUUACAGGAAGACACAUCUAUGCGAUGUAGAGAUCCCAGGUCAGGGGCCUAUGCGGGAAAGCAACUCUACCAUGCCUGGAACCAUUCUUGAGCCACCAAUCAGCACACCAGCAGGGAAGGUUGGUCUAGCAAUCUGUUAUGACAUGCGGUUCCCUGAACUUUCUCUGAAAUUGGCUCAAGCUGGGGCAGAAAUACUGACUUAUCCUUCAGCCUUUGGAUCCGUUACAGGUCCUGCCCACUGGGAGGUGUUGCUGCGGGCCCGUGCCAUUGAAUCUCAGUGCUACGUGAUAGCAGCAGCACAGUGUGGACGCCACCACGAGACAAGAACAAGUUACGGGCACAGCAUGGUGGUGGACCCCUGGGGUACAGUGGUGGCCAGCUGCUCUGAGGGACCAGGCCUCUGCCUUGCCAGAAUUGAUCUCAACUUUCUACAACAGAUACGACAACACCUGCCUGUGUUCCAGCAUCGCAGACCUGACCUGUAUGGCAAUCUGGGUCAACCACUGUCUUAAGCCUUUUAACUUAUGCUGGGGGUUGAGACAUACACACAGACACAAACACACACAGACACACGCACAGCUGUGAGGUGAUGCUACUGUGACUUGUAGGCAGGACCCAAGCACAGUUCCCUCCACUUGCAGAACCUUAAACUCUCUUAAUGGAACACAGGUUCAAGUUCAUGGGAAAGAAAUAACUUUGACCUGACCUCAGAUUUCAGUUUCAGAAAAGUAAAAUUUUAUAUAGUCAGUGUUUUUAUUUCAUGAAAACUGAAGUUAUGCUGAGGGCUGAGCAGCACUGGCAUUGAAAAAAAUAUAAUAAUCAUAAUGUC